AUGGCUCCAAGCUCCAAGUCGCGGGAUGGAGGCUGGGCUUGCAGCGGAUGCAAAGCUCGGAAUGGGGACGGCUACGAUUUCUGCGGGAAGUGCUGGAAGGUUCGUGGCUCCGCGAAGACUGCGAACCACGGUGUAGCCAGCUCCCAGGACGACGCAGAGGCCGAGGAUGCCACCAAAGCAAAGCUCAAGAAGUUACGGGCACACCUGGCAGAACUUCGACGGCAGGCGGAGGACCCAGACUUGGCCAAGCACGCCCAGGGAAACAUCGACGUCGUGCAGAAAGAAGUUGUUGACUUGCAGGCAGCUGUCGACAGCGGCAGCGACAUCCCACGUUGCUUCUCGGAGUGCAAGCUGAAGCUGGAGCAGGAGAUCAAGGAGGCCCAGGAGAAGCUUGACAGGGAGAAAGCCCUCCUGGCCAGACAAGAUGAGAAGUUGCAGAAGCAGAGUGCCCGUAUCGAAGAGCUCAGCGUGCCCAAGCCGGGCAAGGGCUGGGGAGCGGCCGUGUCGUUCCUGGAGCAAGCCAAGAAGUGCCUGCGCGACCAGGAGACGGCCAAGAAGGAGGCCGACGCCGCAGCGCGGGAGGCCGCCCACGACAAGCAGCAGAGGAACAAGCGCAGAGCUGCGGAGGAGAUCAAGCAGGAGCUGGUCUCCUUCCCACAGAACGCCGACGCGACGCAGAUCACCAAGAUCAUGCAGGAGGCAGAGCAGGGGCGGGGUUUCUUCACCAUCAAUGCGAACUCCAUCGGCACGCUGGAGCGGACUAUGCGCUCCAUCAGGUACACGUGCAAGUAUCCCAUCAUCAUGGCGCAGGAGCUGCAGGCAAACGAGCACAGCAUCUCCUGCUUCACGCAGCGCAUGCAGAAGGAGGGCUGGAGGCUGGGCAUUGCGCCGAGCGUCCGCACCGCACGGGGGGGCUGGAGCGCAGGGGUGCUCCUGGCGACCGUGCGGCCAAACAACAUGAGCUACGCCAGGAGGCUCGACACGUGGGACAUCUCGCCCCGCGAGUCCAAGGGCCGCCUCGCGGCCAUCCUUCGGAACUUCACGACGGCCGCGGCGGCGGCGGGGAAGUACUGGAUCCUGGGCGGCGACUUCAACAUGGACCCAGCAGAGCUACAGCGCACAGGGGUGGUCAACAGGAUGGACGGGGUCAUCGCGUUCGACACCUCGCGCGGCUCGUGCGUCACACUGGGCGAGGCACGGCGCCGCGACUACUUCAUCUUGUCCAAGACGCUCCUGGAUGGCCCGCUCCACGUGGCCGUGCAGGAUCAGUGCAAGACGGCGCCGCACUCAGUUGUGCUCCUGCGAGUCCCUCGCCUACGGGAAGAGGAGCGCUGGGUAAGGGUACUGCGGCGCCAACGGGGAUGGCCACUUCAGCUGCCCACGGGCUGCGUGGCGGGGCCGACCUCGUGGCCGCGACUCCUGGAGCACAGCAGGCGUACUCAGGAAGAUGUGGACCGAUACUGGGGCAACCUGGCCAACACGUACGAGGAGCACCUGAACAAGUACUUCAACUACGUCGGCCUGGACUGGUACGAGCGCAAGGGCCACCUGCAGCUGCCCACCUACGCUUGGGAGCAGCUCAAGCCACCCACGGUGCGCGAGGCCGCGCGAGAGCAGCAGUGGGCGGAGGCAGCCGAGUGGCUGGGACGCCGCUUGGAACACGUCAGCACAGCAGUGCGAGCGUGGUGGAAGAACGGGAAGCAAGAGACGUUGGUCUGGGCUCAGAACAACGCCAAGGGCAUCCUAGGGAAGGACAUCAUCGGGCCGCUCCUCGAGCGGAACCACCCAGCAUGGCGCGCCGAGCCCGACCAGGGGCGGGGCAAUGACGACGCCACGGACGAGCAGGACAACUCAGACAACUUGGACGAGUUAAACUACACAGUGCGCCGAGUCGAGGAGGACAUGACGAGCCUCCCAGAGAAUACUCCUCGGCGGACACCCGCUGUCCUCGGCCUCACGGCUUCGCAGGACUGCCCGUUGGUCGGGGCGGAAGCGGCAGGAGAGCGCCGCCGACCGACGGGGCGGGGGAGAGACACGGACAUCGAUUGGGGCAAGUUGGUGAACACAGUCGCCUGGAUCGACGCCGAGCACAUCACCGAGAGGGGCUUGCACUACGUGGACUGCGUGGCCAAGCUCAUGACAGUGGCCAGCCGGCACGCGUGGCGGCGAGUACGGCAGGAAGCGGCUCGAGACUGGCGACGCUGGGUGACCAGGCGCAGCCAGGCGGGGGCGGGGGCGCUGCACAAGUGGACUAAGCCGCCUGUGCCGUGGGCCCCGAUCCAGCCGACAGAGUCCCGCACCCAGCAGGAGCUCACGCAGCCGCAGGUGGCAGCGGGCACGGCGCUGGAGGGCUGGGAGACGGUCUGGGCGGACAGCUACAACGCCGACGAGCCGUGGUGCCAGGCCCCCAGCGACGACGAGUGGAGCGAGCACAGAGUCCCGCGGAUCACCCCGAGGGACGUCAUCGAGGCUUGUGGGCGGUUCCGAGCUGGGACAGGCCUGGGAGAAGCAGACUGGCACCCGCGUCCCUGGCGACAUGGCGGGUUUUCAGGCACGGCACGCGUGGCAAGCGUGCUCAACGCGGUGGAGCGAGGAGCGCCUUGGCCCACGUCGCAGGCCACCAUCCUCUUCUACCUCACGCCGAAGGCGGCAGGUGGCUUUCGCAACCUGGGCCUUAUCCCUGAGCUGGCGCGCGUGUGGGAGACCAUCCGCAUCCCCUACGCCAGGCGGUGGGAGGCAGCAAACAAGCGAGCCUAUGACUGGGCGCGCCGAGGGAGAUCGUCGGAACGCGCGGCAUGGCUACAGGCACUCUACUGUGAGGCCGCGCGGGCCGACGGACACGACUAUGCGGUGACCUACUUCGACUUGAUCAAGUGCUUCGAGUGGGUCACCCAUCGAAAGGCGUGGCAGCGCGGCAUCGUGGCGGGUAGCAGGUAUGCACCGUUCUGUCUCAAGAUGGUGAUCAUCCUCGAGCUGGACAGGCUGGUGCACCAGUUCCCCUGGGCAGACACGUGCCUCUUCUUCGACGACCUCGCCAUGGCCACGUACGGCAGGCACGAGUGCGUCGACGAGGUCCACCCGCGGUUCAUCGAGGCCGUGGUCAUCAUGUUCGAGACCACGCUGGACAUGGCCGUCUCGCGGGGCGCGGAGGGGAAAACGGCCACCCUGGCCUCCUCCACCGCGCUGGGCCAGCACAUCAACAAGAGUACCAGGCACCUCGGCGUGAGAGUGGCCAAGCACGGGAAGCACCUGGGAGUGACAGCAACAGCAUGCAGACGGAGGAGAGUGGCCGCCAUCAACAAGUGGGCGCUCAAGUAUGCAGCGAGGAAGGCACGGGUGGCAGCCGUGCGCAGAGCAGGAGGAGCGGCGCACAAGCUGAUUCGACAAGCCAAAGUGCCAGCCCUCCUCUACAGAUCCUCCGUCGUCGGCAUGGCAGACUCCAAGCUCACCGAGCUCAGGAAGAACGUGGCGGCGGCGAUGGAGGGCAACAACAAGGGAAGGUCCACGGCGCUCACGCUGCUCAGCGACAGGGCCGACCCAGGUAUCCUCGCCAACAGUGGCCCCAUCAUCGCAUGGGCUACGGCGUGGCAGGAAGCGCUCGAGGACGACCAGCUGGCCGCGCGGCUCCAGAGCGCGUGGCGCACCUGGGUGAUGAAGAUCUACAAGUGCAAGGCCCCCUGGCUCACAGUUCGGGGGCCAGCGGGGGCGUUCGUGGCGACGGUCAGGCGCCUCGGCUGGAUGACGCAGGCAUCACACACAGUCACCAUCGACGGGAACGUGCUCGACCUCCGCUACACCGUGCUGCAGGAGAUCCAGCACCACGUCGCGCGCGCCACGGAGAAGCAGCUGCAGGACGAGUGGUUGGGCCAGCACGGCCGCCAGUACGGCAUCACCUCCAUCUUCCUGGCACCGGUGCAAGCACUACUACGACGGCCCCUCCAGGGCCGCUGGGCGCAGGCCCACCGCACUCGAGUGGGGGGGCUGUUCUGCGGAGGGACAUGGCCGCGGGCGCGGCUACAUGCAUCAGGAGUGGCUACCGACAGCACAUGCAGAGCGUGCGGGCUGGCACCAGGCACCGACAGGCACCGCACCUUCGUGUGCCCAGUGCGCCAGCCACAUCGCGACGUUGUCGGAGGCCUCCACAUUCAGCAGCGAGGUGCCAACCCCUGGCCAGGCCCAGGAGCCGAUGCUCUCUGGGGGCGCGGCAUCACGGCCGACCCCGCCGACGAGCUCGGGCUAUGGGAGCUAGCAUCGUGCGACGACUGGCUCACCGAGGGCAACUGGGACGGCCUCGCGACAGGGGACAUCUACGUGGACGGCUCGUUGCAGUUCGGCGACUACGCACCACUGCGACGAGGGGGAUGGAGCUUCACCAAGCUCAAAGACAACGACGAGUACGACAUGGACUACGUGUGCUACGGGCCCCUCCCUGGCGCACAGUGGGUCCAGAGCAUCCUGCGGGCGGAGCUCUACGCGCUGCUGCAGGCGCUGCGUGUGGGCACCCCGCCCAUGCGCAUUUUCACCGACUGCCAGAACGUCGUCGACGGCGUGAUGGCGGGACCAGCGUCGCUCGACAAGAGGAGCCGCCCGCACCUCGACCUCUGGGAGUGCAUCGCCCAGGCCAUCGCAGAGCUCGGAGGCCUGGGCCCACGCGCCGUGCAGGUGCUGAAAGUGAAGGCCCACGCGACGCGCACCGAGCGAGCAGCUAUCGGGCGCGCGCAGUGGGAGGGCAACACAAUCGCUGAUCAGUAUGCCAAGCAGGGAGCUCUGUAUCAUACCCACCCUGUUUGGUGUAGAGAGGCCUACAUUCACAAGUAUCGACUGGUUCGGGACAUCUUGGAAUUCGGAGCAUACAUAGGAGUCCUGGGCCGUGACAUUGUCGACGCUGGGCAGGGCUCGAGUCCGACGGACUCGAACCCCCCCGACCCCCCCUCGGACCUCCUGGACCUUCCUGGGAACCUGGGGGCGGUCGUGGGCGAGGAGGGCGGGGCCCUGGCCGCUCCUGACCCCCCUGCCCCGCCCCUGGUGGCCGACCUCCCGUCUCGGGCCGCUGUGGGCUGGGCGCGCACCAGGGUCGACAGAGCCCAGAGAGCGGGGCACAAAAUAGUGACCCGCAGCACGUACGUCUUUUGCCGCAGGUGUGCCAGGUACGCCCGUGACAG